AUGAUGAACACAAAUAAAGUUUGUGCUUCUUGCUGCGAAGUCGUUUAUCCUCUGGAAUUGAUAAGAUGUUUUGAUCAGAUGUGGCAUAAAAGAUGUUUCCGUUGCCAGCACUGUGGGAUGGCCUUAAGCAUAUGUAACUAUCAUGGUGGAUAUGAUAAGAAGCCAUAUUGUGCAGCACACACUCCAAAGCCAACUUCAUUUACAUUCAUUCCGGAUACACCAGAACUACUGAGAGUAGCUAAUAAUACAAGAAUGUUUAGCAGUGCAAACAGUGUUCGUUCUGGACGAAGCUCUGGAUUUGAUGAACGCUGUUCACCACAAUCAUAUGGACGUAGUGCUUCAUACUACAAUAGUUAUACACCACCACCUACUCGAUUUGGAUUGAGCAAUCAUUGCACUUCACCUCAUACUUUUUCAAAUUCAUCAGGCAUAAAUUCUAGAUCACUAUUAAAUAGUGGUGGAUGUCAUCUUAAAAUCGAUCCAAUCAAUCAUCAUCAUCAUUAUGAUCAAGGGCAUACACCACCGGCAAAUCAAAAUGGACUAAGUCGUUCUGGUUCUUGUCAUUCGGUUAUUAUUACUCCUACAGGUUUUCCUCCUGGAACUAACAAUAACACUGCUGGUGGCAAUGUAGGUUCUACAGAAACUAUUAAUAUACCUAGAGGUUCGACGGUUAACCUAAACUUUCAUGGUCAUGCACACCAAAAUUCAGGAUUUGGUGGGACUUUUGUAGCACAGUAUGGUUAUGAAGCUAAAGAAGAUGAUGAAGUGACUUUCAAAUCUGGUGAUAUUAUAGUGAAUGGUGAACCUAUUACCGAAGGUUGGAUGUAUGGUACUGUUCAACGAACUGGAAAAUUUGGAAUGCUUCCAUCAAAUUAUGUUAAACCAUACCGUUAA